AUGAAGACCUGGGUCGUUCUAGCCUUCUUGUUGGCAUCAACAUCGACCGCAUCAAUCAUGAGCGCUAACGAGAACGGGAUUCUCGUCACCCGCCAAGCUGUGAUUGCACUUGUGAUGAUUGCGCUGGUGGCAACGGCCCUCCGAAACUGUUAUAGUUUGCAUAUCAGAAGACACCGGCUCUGGAAGGAGGUGCUUACAGAUAUCUGGUUCCUUGGUUCUCUUGCCCUUGCUCGAGUUUGA